AUGAGUCUGGAAAGGGUUCACCGGCUCGGCUCAAUGUUGCACGCAACCGCCCUCGUCUUCCAGGCGGCGCUGCUGCAUCUGCUGCGCGUGUCGGAACAGUCCGAGUUUGUUGACUUGAAGACGGCGAUCACUGUCGCAGCGCUCCGGUCCUUGCUCAUGCUGCCUCCCAAGAGUGUAACGGCAACCCAAAAGAAGCUCGGUGUCGAUCCGGGCAUCAAGGGCAGGAUAUGGGUGAGCGCGUACACGGCCCCGGUGUCGCCGGAGACGGGCGUUCGGGAUGCCAUGGUGCGGGCUAUCGAGGGGCUGAAGAGCCCAGAGAUGGCUAGCGAGGACAUCAAGGUCCCAGACGCCGUCCCCGUGGAGGCCGAGUGGACGGGUUACCGGGCCGGAGCAACGAAGAAGGAACUGCCGCCUGCGAUACCCGAGUCGGAGAAGUAUGCUGAGAUGAUGAAGGAGUGCAGAAGCCCGACGACCAUUCUGUACUUCCAUGGCGGAGCCUACUGGCUCAUGGACCCGGCAACUCACAGGCCGAGUACGAAGUUGCUGGCCAAGCUAACAGGAGGCCGUUGCUACUCGGUCCGGUACAGGCUUGCGCCGCAGAAUCCCUUCCCGGCCGCUCUUAUGGACGCAUUGGCCUCGUAUCUCACCCUGCUUUACCCUCCACCGGGGGCUUUCCAUGAGGCAGUCCGGCCGGAACACAUUGUCUUCGCGGGCGACAGCGCGGGCGGCAACCUCUGCCUAGCACUAACCCAGGCCCUCCUCGAGCUCCGGCGGCAGGACGUCCGGAUCUCCUGGUUCGGCGCCGAGCGCGACCUCCCCCUCCCCGCGGGCGUGGCGGUCAACUCUCCCUGGACGGACGUGACGCACAGCAUGCCGUCGUGCGAGGCCAACGCGCCCUUCGACUACCUGCCGACGGCGCGGUUCCAGCAGCGCGUGCCGUGGCCGGCCUGCGCGGCGUGGCCGUCGUCGCCGCCCCGCGCGUCCUUCUACGCCGCCGACGCCCUGCUCGCCCACCCGCUCGUCACCGUCCUCCUCGCCCGCGACUGGGCCGCCUGCCCGCCCGUGUACGUCUGCACCGGCCGCGAGCUGCUCGCCGACGAGGACGCCGCCAUGGCCGCCCGCCUCCACCGCUCCGGCGCCGUUGUCGUGUUUGACGAGUUUCAGGCAAUGCCGCACUGCUUCGCGCUGUUGUUCCCGCGCACGCCGCUGGCGAGGCGGUGCAUGGAUGGCUGGGCUGGGUUCAUCCGGCGGGCGGUCGAGGAGCCGGCGGGUCUGGAGAGUAGGUUUACGUCGGUCAAGUCGAGGACGCUGGAGGAGGUGGGGAUAGAUCCCGGCAAGCUGAGCCCGUUCACUGAGGAGGAGGUGAGGGAGAUGGUGCUCCAGCAGAUUGACGUGAUGACUGCGUCUCGACAGCCGGGGGGAAAGGCGAAACUGUGA